AGGCCCGCCCUCCGCUCGCCCGGCGCGGUAGACGGGUCCCGCCGAUCGGAGAAAGAGGUCCUGGAUGGUGCUUUUUGGAUAGCAGUGGCGGCUGAGCUGUGAGGGUUUCCCUGCUGUGGUCGGGCUACGGAGGCUCUGGCAGGUCGCGGGUGCCUGAGGUGGAAGAAGAAAGGCGCCACUUUGGCAUGAAGACAGACUCGCUUAGUCGUCAGUCAUUUAAGCUGAGUGCAUUGUGAUUUCCAAUAAUUGAGGCAGUAGUUCUAAAAGCUGUCUACAUUAAUGAAAAGAGCAAUGUGGCCAGCUUGACUAAGCCGCCAGCGUGUGCAGCGCGGGCAGGACGGCACCCGGGUCUCGGCGGACUUGUGCAUGUUAGCUGUUAGAUUUAUGUAAGGGUUUUUAAAACUCUGGUUUUUAAAAUAGUUUUACUGCUUUUAAUAUGGAGACAUAUGAGAGGCCCUCUCCUCUCCCGCGUGAGGCCGCAGGAGAAGCGAUGAUGGAGAGCCGAGCUUGCCUCUUCCGAGCGCUGCCCCGUGAACAGUCUCCACCACCUCCCCUGCAAACGUCCAGUGAUGCAGAGGUAAUGGACGUUGGCUCUGGUGGUGAUGGACAGUCCGAACCCCCUGCUGAGGACUCGUUCAACUUCUACGGAGCUUCUCUUCUCUCCAAAGGAUCCUUCUCUAAGGGCCGCCUCCUCAUAGACCCGAACUGUAGUGGCCACAACCCACGCACCGCCCGGCACGCACCUGCGGUCCGGAAGUUCUCCCCUGAUCUUAAGUUGCUUAAGGAUGUAAAGAUUAGCGUGAGCUUUACCGAGAGCUGCAGGAGUAAGGACAGGAAGGUGCUGUACACAGGAGUGGAGCGCGGCACUCGGGCAGAGUGCGGUUUUGUCCUUAGUCCUGUCAGUGGAGACGUGCAUGCUUGUCCCUUUGGCGGGAGUGUUGGUAACGGGGUAGGAAUAGGGGGUGAGAGUGCUGAUAAGAAGGAUGAGGAGAAUGAGCUGGAUCAGGAAAAGAGAGUGGAAUAUGCAGUGCUCGAUGAGUUAGAAGAUUUUACUGACAAUUUGGAGCUAGAUGAAGAAGGAGCAGGCGGGUUCACGGCUAAAGCAAUCGUUCAAAGAGACAGAGUGGACGAAGAAGCCUUGAAUUUCUCCUAUGAGGAUGAUUUUGACAAUGACGUGGAUGCUCUGCUGGAAGAGGGCCUAUGUGCUCCCAAAAAGAGGCGAAUGGAGGAAAAAUACGGAGGAGACAGUGACCAUCCAUCCGAUGGAGAGACAAGUGUGCAGCCAAUGAUGACCAAGAUUAAAACAGUGCUCAAAAGUCGUGGUCGCCCACCUACAGAGCCAUUGCCAGACGGGUGGAUCAUGACAUUCCAUAACUCCGGAGUCCCCGUGUACCUGCACAGAGAGUCUCGGGUGGUCACCUGGUCCAGGCCAUACUUCUUGGGAACGGGAAGCAUACGGAAACAUGACCCUCCUCUAAGUAGCAUCCCAUGUCUGCAUUACAAGAAAAUGAAAGACAAUGAAGAACGGGAACAAAGCAGUGACCUCACACCCAGUGGGGAGGUGUCCCCUGUCAAGCCUCUAAGCCGAUCCACAGAGCUGGAGUUCCCCGGCGAAGAGCCUGACUCUCUGGGCACUGACUUGGGGCCUCCGGAUGAGAAGGACCCCCUGGGGACUGAGGCUGCGCCUGGGGCACUGGGGCAAGUGAAGGCCAAAGUUGAGGUGUGCAAAGAUGAAUCAGUUGAUCUUGAGGAAUUUCGGAACUACCUGGAGAAGCGUUUUGACUUUGAGCAAGUUACUGUGAAAAAAUUCAGGACUUGGGCCGAGCGGCGGCAGUUCAACCGAGAAAUGAAGCGGAAACAGGCUGAGUCCGAGAGGCCUAUCCUGCCAGCCAAUCAGAAACUUAUCACUUUAUCUGUACAAGAUGCACCCACAAAGAAAGAAUUUGUCAUUAAUCCUAAUGGGAAAUCCGAGGUGUGCAUCCUGCACGAAUAUAUGCAGCGUGUCCUCAAGGUCCGCCCCGUUUACAAUUUCUUUGAAUGUGAGAACCCAAGUGAGCCUUUUGGUGCCUCGGUGACCAUUGAUGGUGUGACUUACGGAUCUGGAACUGCAAGCAGCAAAAAACUUGCGAAGAAUAAAGCUGCCCGAGCUACGCUGGAAAUCCUCAUCCCUGACUUUGUUAAACAGACCUCUGAGGAGAAGCCCAAAGACAGUGAAGAGCUCGAGUAUUUUAACCACAUCAGUAUUGAGGACUCACGAGUUUAUGAGCUGACCAGCAAGGCUGGACUGUUGUCUCCAUAUCAGAUCCUCCACGAGUGCCUUAAAAGAAACCAUGGAAUGGGUGACACGUCCAUCAAGUUUGAGGUGGUUCCUGGCAAAAACCAGAAGAGCGAAUAUGUCAUGGCCUGCGGCAAGCACACAGUGCGCGGGUGGUGUAAGAAUAAAAGAGUUGGCAAACAAUUGGCCUCCCAGAAGAUCCUGCAGCUCCUGCACCCCCAUGUCAAGAACUGGGGGUCCUUAUUGCGCAUGUAUGGCCGUGAGAGCAGCAAGAUGGUCAAGCAGGAGACCUCGGAUAAGAGUGUGGUGGAGCUCCAGCAGUACGCCAAGAAGAACAGGCCCAACCUGCACAUCCUGAGCAAGCUGCAGGAGGAGAUGAGGAAGCUGGCGGAGGAGAGGGAGGAGACGCGGAAGAAGCCCAAGAUGACGAUCGUGGCAUCUGCCCAGCCUGGUGGCGAGCCCCUGUGCACUGUGGAUGUGUGAG